AUGUACUUCUUUCAGUCCUUCCGCAACUCGCUUCUACCAAAGCAGUUGCUUCGCUUCGUCUUGGCACGCCUAGACCUCCUCGACUCCCAGGCACUUGACCUAGACAACCUCAACUUUGCUAUUGGCCGAAAUACUGUUCUAGAGUUUCGUGAUGUUGGACUGAUUCUAUCCAAACUCGAAGCACUCGCGAAACUUCCCCCAACUUUCAAGAUCCAAAAAGCCAAAGUCCUCCUACUUCGCAUCACAAUACCGGUCGAUGUCUACAACAGUCCAAUAAUAGUCGAGGUUGAAGGUGUUGAUGCCAGGGUACGCGUGGCGUCCAAGCAAGAGCAGGAUGAACAAACACCCAAAAACGGCGAGGAAGUUGUGCCAACUGCUGCCGACCUAGCACAGUUUUUUCUGCAGACAGCAGUUCCGACCGACGAGCAGAGGCGGCUGGAGAAGGCCCUUGCCGAGGAGGCCCAGGAGGCCUUAUCAGAGUCCAUGACCGACUCCGAAACCGAUGACGAUGGCUCCUUUGCUACCUUUGGCACCGGUCAGGGCUUGUCGUUACCAACCUUCUUGACCAACUUUCUGCAGGGUAUCCUGGACAGGGUCCAGAUCCGAAUUCACAAGGUCACCUUCCAACUCGACAUGCAAGUACCCGUCGAGCCGGGUCUCUCGACAACAGAACUCGUUACUUUCCAGCUGGCGUUGGACCAAGUCAUUGCGGAAGGAGUCACGGCGCCUGGACAACAACAACGAGAUAGCUCUCCCGCGAUAGUACCAAGGGAGGGCAAGCGUCAUAUCCUCCUGGACAAUCUCCGGGCAUUUCUAAUCACAGAAGCGAACGUAUUCUCUUCUCUGCUACCGACCCAGUCAGCACAGUCCUUGGUGAAAUCGCAGGGAUCAGCACCUCAUGAUGUACCGUCAACACUUGGUGACAUGUCGGGUUCGAUGCAGUCAUCAGUGGGGGGACUAGAUAUGAGCAUAAGCCCAGAUCAGGUGGAAGCCUUGGAUAUGCUUGCACAGAGCCAGUACUCAGUACGAGAUAGCGAAGAUGCUCUGAAUAUCCCGUAUGAGGACGACAUUCAGCAUCCAGAGGGCCAAGAGAAUGUUGAUGGAUCUUCGCCUCUCUCAACACCGAGGGCCUCGAUUUACCAAGAACAUGACACGCCGAUACUCCAGGACCAUGCCAACUCGGCUGUCAUGCAACAUCAACCGGAACUUUGGUCGUCCUACGAGCGGGGGAUUCGAUCAGAACCUUCUCUUUGUCCUCCAACAAGUUUUCAACCUCCGAAUAUGCCCUCUGGUGCUGUGUCUCCGGCUUCCUCUGAGCCUCUUUCGUCUGCCAGUUCAGUACGGUCGGACGAUGAUCUGCCAAGCGCUGACGUAGAGGACCUCGCACAGUCACAUCUCUACAGCCAUGAGGAGGCUGAGAGCAUGUACAUGAGCGCCUUUUCCGAUGCUCGUUCGACGAUGAUGCCAGGAGGCAAUAUGCCAGGAGGUUGGGACUCUGAAUCUUCAGGGGGCGACGAGUCAGCCACUGAGCGAGACUCCUCAACCACCCAUCCUCCUCCGGUUGCAGGCGAACCCCAAUCAUCCCCCAGCGUUGACUCCGAACUGGCUGGCCUCCAACCUACACCCGAAUCGACCCAAGGUGACGAGCCACAUCACGAAGAUGCUUCCACACCACGCGGGAUUACGAGGAUGGUCAAGGAGAUCGUAUCAUUGGACUCGAUAUCCGUCUACGUUCCUUCCACGAGAAAGCAGGUUCCGGUACCAGUCACCAACCUUGCCAAGUCGAAUCCUAACCUUCCAGGAGCGUUUUCGGUUUACCAGUCAUUUCACAGUAGUACUACGGAUCAGUUAAAGCUGCUAACUCCGGAAGACCCAGAAGAAGAAGAUCGCCGCGAUGAGAGCAUCGAAGUCGUUCUCAAGCCUCUGACAUUGCGGUUCGAUUCGUCAGUGGGAUUCCUGCUCGCUAUGGUUGUUACACGGCUGCUGGAAGCAUUUCAAGGAUCUUCAGAGGAGGCUACAAAGGCAGAACCAUCGAAGGAUGAUUCGGGUAUACCUGACAUCAAGGUUAUUUUGGAGCAGGUUACGGUACAGUUUCUGGAGAAGCUGGCUGGUGUGGCCGAUUCCGCGAAGAGGAUAUACGAGACACAAAAACCCGAUUUCGGUUCGGAUGUCCUCCUUGAGGCCAGUCUUACGAACUUCAAUGCCUCUGCGCAGAAGUCCGGAUCGCAAACUGAAGUAAAUGUCGGCAUCGAGAAGUUCACGUUCGGUUAUGCCGAUGAGGCCAUCAUCUCGUUUACUGGCGAGGCUGAUCUGUUCCAGUCCACAGCAACUGUUGAUAUGCUAUCUGCUGGGAAGGACAUCGCAGUCAGGGCCACCAUUACAUCCGAUGUGACUCGGGUUGAUGUCAAGACACUACCUCUUUACAUGAAGCUCGAUUUACAGAGGCUAGACGAGACUUUCAGCUGGUUUGGAGGACUCAGCAGCUUCCUUAACAUGGGAUCGUCAGAGGACUCGGUAGCGAAGGCCGUACAAAAACCAGCGAAACCCCCACAAAAGACUCGCGGCGUACGAUUCGAAGCCCCAAUUGAUCCUAUGGAGAAGCGGUCAGGGAGCAAGAUUGAUGUGCGCAUCAAUGGCGUGCACGUGGACGUGAUCGGCAACGACUGCAGCGCAGUCUUAAACACGAGCGCUCUCAAGCUAGUACACCGCGAAGAAGCAAUCGCCGCUGUGCUCAAAACGAUCAGGCUCUCCGGGCCCCACGUGAGGAAUUCCCAUGCUAAGGCGCCAGUCGUACUAGAGUUGGAUAGUACAAGGCUGGACUACAUCGUGACGCCUCGGACCAGGGAUCUCGAACGGCUUCUUGAGCUUAUUACUCCCUCAAAGGUCAAGUUCGAUGAAGACGAAGAUGAGAUUAUGGUGGAUACCCUGCUAAGGCAGAGGAGGAAGGGGGCAGUUCUUGGGUUGGAUGUUAAGAAUGUUAAAGUGAGGGCGGGCAACUUGGCUCUGCUUGAUUGUAUCCCGAGUUUGGUGGAGGAUCUUGCCAAGCUGGGGACGGUCGCAAAGUAUCUGCCCGAGGAUGACAGGCCUGGGCUGCUUACGCUUGGGCAAGUCACAAACGUGGAUUGUGAAGUUGAUGUUGGAGGCAGGUUUGGAGUUGUUAACGCGCGUUUGACAAACCUUGAGCUCGCCCAGAUCACGGUACCGUCGUUGGUGGCUGUCGCAGCAGGCGGUAUUACGGUCAACCGGAACGAGAAAACCCCGAUCGAGGAGGAGCUGGUUAGCACGUCCACCGCCCAUGCUCCGGGUACCUCGAAGGCGCCUGUCCUGAUGAUGCGCAUGAUUGACGAUAUCGAACCGGUGUUAAAGAUCAAGCUGUUCGGGCUGAACGUGGAUUACCGAGUACCGACAAUCAUGGAUGUGCUUGGGCUUGUUCAGGAAGACACCACUCCGGAGGAAUUUGAGGCCAACUUGGCUGCCUCUGUUGCGAACCUGGGAGGUCAGGCGACUGCUGCGCUGAGGAGACAGGAUACGCCAGAGAGCCCUGUGGUGGAAAAGGAGUUUAAGCCCAUAAAGCUUGAUGUGGCCUUCCGCGACUGUGUCAUUGGCCUUAAUCCUCUUGGACAACCUUCGAAGCUGGCUAUCGUACUCGCGGACUCGCAUCUGGAAGCCAUCCCGGGCAAGGACAGCACGCUUGACGCUACAGCAACCUUGAAGAAGGCGUGCAUUCUCCUGGUUGACGAUGUGAAAACCCUGCAAGACAUCCAGAUCAAUGCACGAGGACGCGCCCCCGCCAUGAGCACUCCCCAGGCUCUUGAACUAUGCAGCAAGGGAUUCGUCAGCAUCUGCGAGAUAUCAUCCGCAAAGGCUGUCGUCAAGGUUGGCAAAGAUGACGAUGGUGAAUCUCAUGUCGAGGUGUCUGUCCGCGAUGACCUGCUCGUUCUCGAGACUUGCGCGGAUUCGACGCAGACGCUCAUCUCGUUGGCCAACGCGCUUACACCGCCUACUCCCCCUAGCAAGGAGAUCAAGUACAGGACGUCCGUGUUGCCUGUUGAGGAUCUGUUCGCGUCUAUUACCCAUGAUGCGUUCGGCAGAGCAGAGGGCGAGUAUGACUUUGACAAUGACUUUGCGGGUGCUCAAGGCAUUGAGUACGGGAAUGAAGAUGAUGAUGACUACUAUGGCAUAGGAAGCACGGAGCAUCUCGAAGUUCAGUCAGAAGGGUACGGUGUCGCAGAGGAACUAUUCGAUGCUACGAACAGUUCGAUCCUGGGCGACAUUGAGGUGGAGAAUACGAAUGACGGCAUGCUGGUCAGCACGGCAAACCUUGAUGAGCCUCCGGCCAGCAGCCAGAGUGAGAGUGACUUGGAUAUUCAGGAGAAUUACUUCUCUUCUGAACCAGUCAAGAACACAAGGCUCCGCUGGAACUCGAGGAAGAAUUUGUACGACCAGUCGAGUGAUGCCAAGGUCUCCAAGAGCCCUCUCGUCAUCUGCGUUCGGGAUGUUCAUGUCAUCUGGAAUUUGUAUGAUGGUUACGACUGGGUUCGUACCCGAGAGAUCAUCACCAAGGCGGUCCAAGACGUGGAGGCUAAGGCAUACGAACGCAAGGCUCGAGCUGACCGCCACACGUAUGAGGAUGAAGGGGAUGAAGCAUCAGUCGUUGAUGACUGCUUGUUCAACUCGAUAUAUAUCGCGGUGGGACCCAACGGGGACCCAAGCAACCUCAGACGGGCUAUAAACCAGGAGUUGCAGUACCAGGACACCACAACCGAAACCGAGUCCAUCGCCACCACGGCAUUCACCACCUCGACUGCCCGCGCUUCAGGGCACCGUCAGUCGCGGCCACGGUCAAAGACGCUGAAGCUUAGUCGCAGCAAGAACCACAAAAUCACGUUCGAGCUGAAGGGUGUCAACGUCGACGUGGUGACCUUCCCCCCCGGCAACGAGACCAUCAACACCAUCGAUGUUCGCAUCCACGAUUUGGACGUCUUCGACCACAUCCGGACUUCAACAUGGAAGAAGUUCGCCAUGUACGACAUCGACGCAGGCGAACGGGAGCUUAGUAAGCACAUGGUCCAUCUCGAGGUUCUCAACGUUAAGCCUGUCCCGGAUUUGCCGGCUACGGAGCUCGUGGUUAAGGUUAACAUCCUUCCACUGAGACUCCAUGUCGACCAGGACGCUUUGGACUUUAUCACGAGGUUCUUUGAGUUCAAGGAUGAGACGCAGCCUAUUCAUCAGUCAUCUAGUGAUGUGCCGUUUAUCCAGCGCUGCGAGGUCGGUGAUGUUCCGGUGCGGUUAGAUUUCAAGCCGAAGCGAGUGGAUUAUGCCGGGCUGAGGUCUGGUCACACGACAGAGUUUAUGAACUUUGUUAUCCUCGAGGAUUCCAGGCUGGUGCUGAGACAUGUUAUACUGUACGGCGUCUCCGGGUUCGACAAGCUGGGCAAGAAGCUCAACGACAUCUGGACCGCCGACGUCAAGGCGACUCAGCUCCCUGGCGUUCUAGCCGGCGUGGCGCCCGUCCGCUCGCUCGUUAAUGCCGGCUCGGGCUUCAAGGACCUCAUCGAGAUUCCCAUCCGGGAGUACAAGAAGGACGGUCGAAUCUUCCGCAGCAUAGGUAAAGGAGCUACAGCGUUCGCAAAGACUACUGGCACAGAAGUCGUCAAGCUAGGCGCCAAACUCGCCAUUGGCACUCAAUACGCCCUUCAAGGCGCCGAAGGCAUGCUAGCCAAGAGCCCACCCAACUACAACCACGCCGGGCCAUCCUCGUCCUCCGCCGUCGUACCAGCCGGAGUAGACCACGAAGUCUGGGACGAAGAGGACUUUGGAGACGACCGUCACACACCCAAGGCAAUCAGUCUCUACGCCGACCAACCGUUAGGAAUCAUGCAAGGCAUGCGUGGCGCCUACGCCAGCUUGUCUCGGGAUAUUGCGAUUGCCAGAGACGCGAUAAUCGCGGUGCCCACUGAAGUGAUGGAGAGCUCGAGCGCCCAGGGAGCGGCAAAGGCGGUGCUAAUGCAGGCGCCGACGAUUUUAUUUAGGCCGGCGAUCGGGGUGAGCAAGGCGAUUGGGCAGACGUUGUUGGGUGCGACGAAUGCGUUGGAUCCGAAUCAUCGGAGGAGGAUCGAGGCUGUGAGUUUAUCCUUUCUGUUGUUACCUUGUGAACUGGGGGAUAAAAUGCUAACGAUGAUGUGUGACAACAGAAAUACAAGAAGCACUAAGCGUAAGGAAAGGCAACGAGCCUCGCUUUCAAUGUCGAAAACGAUUAUAGUUGAUAGAUAUGCGGAAUGA